AUGAGUUCUUCAUCAGUUUCCAUACUUAAUAUCUUGGUUUUGUCUAUCUUCUUUGCUGCCCAAUGCUGUGCAACCCAAGAAGAUUCCUCAAAUUAUUAUAUUACUUGGAAAGCUUUUAGUAUUGAUGGAGUCAAUUUAACACAAGGGUAUGAAAACUCCCACGUGAUUGUUGUUGCCAAGGAUGGAAGUGGUGAUUCACUUACUGUUCAAGGUGCUGUGGAUAUGGUUCCUUCUAAUAAUAAAGAGCGAGUAAAAAUUUUCAUACAGCCCGGUAUUUACAGGGAACGUGUAACUGUUCCAAGAACCAAACCUUAUGUAUCAUUCAUUGGAAAGCAAAACUCCCAAACUGUGAUUACUGGGCAUACUAAAGCUUCUGAUAAAGAUUCCAAUGGGAGAGAAAUUGGAACUGUUUAUACAGCUACCGUUAAUGUGGAAUCUGAUUACUUCUGUGCUACAGAGAUCACUUUUCAGAAUACAGUAGUUGAAAAGCCUGGGAUGAAUGGGGCACAAGCACUUGCAUUCAAAAUCUCUGGAGAUAAAUCCAUGCUCUAUAAAGUAAGGUUUGUUGGGUCACAGGAUACACUCUUGGAUGAUUCAGGAACACAUUACUUCUACCAAUGUCAUAUUGAAGGUGCUAUUGAUUUUAUAUUUGGCACUGCAAAGUCACUCUAUCAGGAUUGCACCAUUACCUUAACAGCUGAAAAAGCUGGAUCAAUAGCAGCUCAUCAUAGGGAAUCAGAAGAUGAAGAUUCAGGGUUUUCAUUUGUCAAUUGCAAAGUGAAUGGGACUGGCAAAGAAGUUGACCUAGGAAGAGCUUGGGGUAAAUAUGCAAGAACUGUGUAUUCCUAUUGUGAUUUGGAUAUCAACAUAUCUGAGCAGCGAUGGAGUGACAUGGGUGAUGAAUCAAGUAGAAGGACUGUUCAAUUUGGAGAAUAUGAAUCUAGUGGCAAAGGAGCAGGACAAAUGGGACGCUUCAUGAGAAAAAGAGCAAAACAUAUGAAACACAAGCCAUGGGUCAAGCCAUUGAGUUAUCAAGAGGCGAUGCCUUUUUUGGAUAAGACUUUCAUAAAUGGUGAUAAAUGGCUAAGAGUUUAA